AGUACCUCAAAGAAUUCCUUAUUUUAGUAGAAAUGUCCUCCAAGUCAUGUGAACCUUGUCAUUUCCACGGAUCAUUGAAAAAUGCUGACUUUUGGUGUACAAAUUGUGAGGAAAUGCUAUGCAAGGACUGUCGUAAACAUCACCAGUCAUCUAAGGCCACUAGAGGGCACCACCUCUGCACUGUUCAGGAGUAUGAAUUUAUGGAGUCGCAUCCUUUCAAAGUGCCAUCACGUUGCACCACACACAACAAGAAAUACGAUGCCUACUGCAUCACUCACGAGCAGCCAUGUUGUAUAAUCUGCGUCACUGUCUCUCAUGGAGCAUGCGCAGGCGUAGUGGCAUUUGAAGACGCGCUAAAAGGUUUUCAAUCUAAAACUGCUCUUUCUGAUCUGGACGAACGACUUGACAAUUUCAGCAUCAAUGUAGAUAAUUUCAAACGCAGUAGGGAAAGAGUAUUGUCUGAUUUAGAACAACAGAAGGAGAGACUCGAACAUGUUAUCACGGAAAAAAGACGAGGGAUUAACGAAUAUCUGGAUAAGAUUGAAGAAAAACUCCGAGGCGAGUUAAAAUCGAAAUACAACAAGUGCAUAGGUGAUGUUAAGAUCCAAGCUGACAGAAUAAAACAAAAGCAAGGGAAAGUUGGGGAAAUCAAGUCAAAUUUUGAGCAGGUAAAAGAAAAGAAAACAGGCGUACAAUUGUUCUUAGCUACGGGAGAAAUAAAUGCAAUGAUUUUGGAACAAGAGAAUUUCGUAGAAAACAUUUAUGAGAGCCUUCAUAAGUAUGACAUGUCUGUUACAUUUGAUGACACAGCAAACAACUUAUUAAUGGCUUUGCCAAACUUGGGCAAUAUUCAUGUCACUGAGUCUCCUUGUCGAAUCUCUAUGAUAUUGGGACAACCAAAGGCACCACUUGUAGAUGUACCUUGGAUUUUUAAACCAGUGCAACUCAAGCAGAAGAAAAAGAUUGCUGUGAAGAAGGGGGAUAAUGGCCUUUAUAUAAACAGUGGGGUUAUAAUUGGGGAUGGACGAAUAGUCUUAACGGACAAAUAUAAUAACCGUUUGAUAGUCUAUACAGAAUCUGGAGUAUUCCAGCGCGAUAUCCCACUGUCUUGUUCGCCAUGGGACGUAACGGAAGUGGAGAAAAGUCACGUUGCCGUCUCCCUACCUGACAGCAGUUUGGUUGAAAUCGUUGAUAUCAACAAGGGGAAAAUUGUAAAUAAAUUCAACAUUUCCGGACAAUGUUCUGGAAUAUCAUUUACAGGAGCAAAUAUUUGUGUAGCCGUGGCUGGCGACGGGAUACAAGUUUUAGACAUGAAAGGGCACAAAGUGAAGACACUCCCGGUUGAUGUAACCAGGGAAACGUUCAUGGCGGGUGACAUUGAUAAACUCUACUACACACACUACACGACACACACUGUACAUUGCACAACAAUUGACCAUGAACAAGUGUACAAAUUCAACCAUGACGAACUCAAUUUCCCACAGGACCUCAGCGUUGACGGAGAAGGCCACGUUUUUGUAACCGGAUUCAUUUCUAAUACUCUUCUCUGCGUUUCCCCUGACGGUCAGCAUAGACAGGUACUUUUACGACAAUCAGAUGGGUUAAAUUCACCGACGGCAGUUUUCUUUGACAAGAAAAGGAAAUUAUUACUAGUUUGUACGAAUUCGGCUAGUACAGUGUCACUUUAUGAAAUUGUGCAUUAAAGACAAACUUCCAAGUAAAUUUAGGACACGUUAUCUAGUCCCAUAUCAUAGUCUUACUAUUUACGAUUAUGAAAGAACGAUUUAAUCGAUGAUUCUUUAAGGACAAUAUCCAUGAUUCUGAAAGAACAAUUUCAUCAAUGAUCUGUAAGAGCGAUAUCAUUGAUUCUGAAAGAAGGAUUUCAUUGUUAAUUCUGGAAGAAAUAUUUUGCCAAUGAUUCUGUUAGAAAGAUGAAUCGGUAAUUCUGUACAAACUAUUUUGCGGAUGAUUCUGUAAGAACAAUUUCAUCGAUGAAACUGUAAGAACGAUUUCAUCGAUUUGACAGAUAUAUAGUUAUAUUGUUAUUUUAGAGUUACUUCUCUUGUUUCAUAAUAGUAUUGAAGUUAACGUUGUAUUGUAGUUUGAACUCUUUGUUUGUGUGUCACGAAUUUACUAGGUUACAUAUUUAUGUGUUAUUUAAAAUCAUAAAGGAGAUGGGGCAAUAAGGCCCUUAUUUGGCCCAAAAUUACUGCAAAUUUAAAAGUUUUCAUGCAAAACUAGGGCCAUAAUGCCCCUACUCCUUUCAUUUACCCUGACUGUCCUGUUUGUAUUUGACAAAAACUGUUUCAAAUAUUCCCAUUUGACACAAACAUAUCAAUUGUUUAUGUGUUACAUUUUUGUUUUCGCUCGAUUUUUCGUUCAUUUUUUGUACAUAGAUUAUGACGUUAGUUUUCUCGUUUGAAUUAUUUUACAUUGUAAUUUCUAAAUGUUUAAUCCAAAACCAGAUUUUUUUAUAUAUUAUAUUUAUUAACGUUUAAUCCAAAGCGAGACUUUCUAAACGUUAAAUCCUAAUCUUCAUUUUGGCAAACACUUCACCGAAAGCAGUUGAUUGGCUUAUUACUAGGUUUUGUAUACAUGUACAUUGUAUAUUUGUUCAUAUUUUUAAAACACACAUGGCAAUUACUUGAGACUUUGAUUUAAGAAAAUAUCGGAAAUGCUUGUUAUGAAAAAAAAAAUCAAUAAUGCGGAGGGAUGUUACCGGUGUGGAAAAAUCGUAAUUGAAACACUGAUUUUAUUGCAAUUUUAAUACUUUACUAUCGUCUGCAUAUAGCUAUUAGAGAUUAAUGUGUUAUAUGCCCCUCUAAUCAUUAUUGGCACGUUGUUGUUUCUUAAUGAGCAAAUAUUUUUGUUCGUAAAGUGUUUGUCUUAAAUAAAAAUGAAAUAUUC